GCUCUUCCAUGGAGACCCCCGAGAGCACCCAGCCGAGGCUCUCCCCAGAGCAGGAUGUCAAGAUGAAGCAUUUUCUGGCCGUCCUGGAGGAGACUCGGGCGUCCCCAGCGCCCGCCCCGGAGCUGGUGCACCUGGCGGCACGGCUGUGCCACGAGCUGCAGAGCGGGCCUCCGCUGGGGCUGGAGCCGCUGGCCGAGGCGGUGCUGGGCAGCCCGCACUGGCAGUACUUCCUGGCCCACAUGGACGUGGUCAGGGCGUGCGUGCUGGUCCUCGCCUGUCGGGGCCAGCACCAGGCGGCCUGCCGGCUCCUCGAGCACUGCAGGGAGGUGGGAGAGAGGGAGCAGCUGAUCCAGCUUUGGAAUGAGAUUCACUACCGCAAGCUCAUGGACAAGUGCCACGUGGACUCCCUCACCCCCGUGCAGAAGUUCCGCUGCAGGAAGAGGAACCCCCCUCCUCCUUCCCUCUGCCCCGAGGGCGUGAAGAGCCGCAACUUCUCCAAGGACGUGCGCCAGAGACUUCUGGCCUUUGCUGCGGGGGUGACCAUGAACCCCAACAGGGAGCAGCGGGGGAGGCUGGCCUUGGAGACGGGCCUGCAGGCCCACCAGAUCUAUAACUGGUUUGCCAAUUACCGCCGGCGGCAGCGGUCGUCCCUGCAGAGGCAGGGGGGGUGUCAGGCCCUUCCCCAAGGCAGGGAAUCUGCCCCAGAAGUCCAAGCCUGGCUGGACCCCGGACCGUGCAACCUCCAGCCCGAAGCUGGAUUCCAGGGGGAUGUUCACCUGGGCCCCCCAGAGGCCCCCCUGGGUCCUUGCGAGCUGGCAUGGGAGCCCCCCAUGCUGGGCCUGAGGUGCCCUCAGGAGGAGGGGCUGGCCAAGCUGCUGGAUGCCAG